AUGUACGGCGGAAAAACUCCCCAGGAAUUGCUUUCGGGUUCGUUCUCGAAGACCUGGCUGCACGACAAGUGGGCUCCGUUGAUAGGUGGUGCGUUUGGAUUUAUUGGUGCCUGCUACGUGAACUAUGGAACUGGCCGUCCAGCUCUCAGCGGUAUUCAGAAGCACAUUGCAGCCAUGCUAGCACUCGGUGCUGCGGCAGCCGUGGUCGAUAAGUGGCGUAGCGCUUACUUUGCCGAGAAAGAUGCAAUUUUCCGCCACUACAUCGAAUUACAUCCGGAAGAUUUCCCUACGCCUGAACGCAAAAAGUACGCCGAUGUACUUGAGUACUGGCAACCGAUUCGUUAGGUUUACUUUCUCGUUACAUUGACCCAUAAUCAAUGGAAUGGUUUUGCUGGUGACUAGUGUGUAGCGUGGAUGUAAAUAAAAAAGCCCAA